GUGCAGAGCCCCCAACCUUGGGGAAGAACGGAGUUGCUUCGUGAAAUACUCGCCUACGGGGGAUAUCUUAUCUGAUAACCUUCGUGUCCAGCUGGUUUGGUCUGCUGAGGCCAUGUAUCUCUGUAAUGACGACGAACAUGGAGAACGGCGAGCAGGAUGAGUUCAGAAUUAGGUCAUUUAGGCGGGGGAUGAUGCGAUCAAAGCGAUCGACUACUUGAAACUGCAUUGGGCAAAGACGGGAAUCCUUGGAUGUCGAUAAACGGUCUGACUCGGUUACGGUCUCCUCUUCUGCGACUUGUAAACGGCACUUGGUCUCAAUCCAGGGGAUUGUCUCUAGCUUCGUUCCUGCUCUCCUCGGGACCUUUAACACGCAGUUCCAUUGGCUCUCAAUUUUCUCCCUAUACCACCAUGUCUGCACAAACCAACGGUCAAGUCAAUGGAAAGCAAAAAGAUCGCUCGAACCUGAUACCGUUCUCAUCUCGACUGAAGGAGGGAAGAGCUUUGGCCCAGGACGUUUGGUCUAUCUUCAAUGCUGCGAAUCUUCCAGCCGAUUGUAUCAAUCUAGGUCAAGGGUACAUGAACUUUGCUCCUCCAAAAUGGAUCAGAGAUGCUGCUGGGGAAGCACUCGGUACUAUCGCUGCUAACCACUACUCGCAUCCGAAGGGCAGGCCACGCCUGCGUCAAGCUCUGAAGAACUAUUAUAGUCCUUUGUUUGGCAGAGAUCUUGAUGUCGAGAAAGAAAUUCUUGUCACUAGUGGGGCCAACGAAGGACAGUACUCCGUAUUUGUGGCCUUCCUAGAGGACGGCGAUGAGGUUAUCAUGUUCGAGCCUUUCUUCGACCAGUAUCUUCCAUCUGUGACCUUCAAUGGCGGGAAGCCUGUCUAUGUACCGCUGCACCCCAAGCAAUCCAAGGAGAAAAUUAGCAGCAAUGAUUGGACAAUUGACUUCGAGGAAUUACGUCGGGCUAUCACACCCCGCACCAAAAUGAUUAUCAUAAACACCCCCCACAAUCCUGUGGGUAAAGUCUUCACUCGAGAAGAGUUGGAAGGCAUUGCAGCGCUUGCAGAAGAAUUCAAUCUUUUGGUGAUGUCUGACGAAGUGUAUGAAACUCUGGUAUAUGACGGCAAGCAGCACGUUCGCUUUGCCACCCUCCCAGGAAUGUGGGAUCGUACGGUUACAGUCGGUUCAGCAGGAAAGAUGUUCGCUGCCACUGGCUGGCGUGUAGGUUGGCUUAUCGGUCCAGAGAGCAUCAUCAAACCCACCCUAGCUGCUACCACUCGUAUUGUUUUUUGUUCCAAUUCGCCAUUACAAGAGGCUGCUGCUGCUGGUAUAGAGGAAGCUGUUGACCGAAAAUUCUUCGAGACUCAACGGGGCGAGUACGAGGAACGCCGAAACAUCCUCACGGCUUGCUUUGACAAGGUCGGAUUGAGAUACACACACCCUGAAGGAACCUACUUCAUUCUUCUCAUUGUUGGACAGGACAUCUCUAACAUUCAAUGGCCUGAGAACUUUCCUUUCCCUGAGAGUGUAGAAGGCAGAGGUCGAGAUUUCAAAGCAUGUUGGUUCAUUGCAAUGGAGAUAGGUGUUUCGUCUAUUCCCGUCAGCGAGUUCUAUUGCGAGGAACACGUCAACAUUGGGGAGCAAUAUGCUCGAUUUGGCUUUUGCAAAGACAUCGAGACACUUAAGCAUGCGGCGCAGCGCCUGGAAAGCCUACGCAAGUACAUCGUCCAUCCAUGAUCCGGGGUUCCUUCUAUGGUCCACGUAGAAGUUAAACGUAUUACUAUAUAUCAUCCGAUUCCAACCUAUCUACAAUUCGCGAAAGUACGUCGUCCCUCGAGCCUGUAGUAGAUGCACCGUAAUAGACGGGAUUGCUUACC